AUGGCCGAUGAUCUUUUUGAUGUCUCUCAGUGGCAGUUCAGUACAACGUGGCUAUAUCUUCCGUGUACAGAAGAAUACUGGAACAGACCCGACCAGUUUCAAAGAGCUAUUAACGACAUUGAUACCUUGACCUACGCGAUCUACAACUACAAUCCCGCCAUCCCCCCUACUAUGCGUGGUGUUUUGCUUGCGGUUUAUCACCCGCUGGAUUAUGAUACAACUUCUAUCCUGGCCAUUGCACGCGGCGAUCUGGUCAACUAUCAAAUUGCCGCCGCUGGACAACCCGAGUUAAUGGGACCCAGCCAGUCGACCAUAUGUCUCCCGCUUAACGAAUCGACCAUAUAUCUCUCGCUCAACGAGAACAACUACAUGAACAUUAGCGAAGACGCGAGUAUGAACACAGAGUUCCAGUGGACUUAGUUUAUCUGGAUGUCCUCAGCCUUAAGCCUUAUCCCUUUCUAGUAGAUACUUGAUCGCGUGGAUAGGUCUGGGCCUCUUAGUUAUUACGUUAGCCUGAUAAUGCUGGGUUAUGGGCUAAGAAUGAUCUCGAC